CCGCCGCCUCCGCCUCCGCCCGCUGGCCAUGUCCUCCGGCCGCCGCCGCCGCCGCACGAGCGCGGGGCUCCCGCGGCCCAGCGCGCAGUGAGAGCGGGGCCCUCUUGCCGUUCGCCCGCCCCGGGGCCCCCUUGUUCUCAGCGCCGCCGCCGCCGCCAUGUUGGGUUCAGAGCCGCAGCGGAGCCGCCGCCGCCGCCGCCGGUGAGGGAGGCCGAGAGCGGAGCCCGCCCCGCCCCGGGGCCCAGGGAGCGGGGCCGCCUCGGAGCCCGGCCUCUCCCCGCCAGCCGCCUUCCCGGCCCGCCCGCCCGCCCGCGGUGUGAGCGAGCGAGCGCCGGGCCGCGCCUUCCGUUCCCGGCCUGAGCGAGCCCGCCGUCCGUUCGUUCCCCCGCCGCCGGGCCCGGUCAUAUCCUGCAGCGGAGCCCUCCAGAGUCAGCGCCAUGGCGGAGCAGACCUACUCGUGGGCCUAUUCCCUGGUGGAUUCCAGUCAAGUGUCUACAUUUCUGAUUUCCAUUCUACUUAUAGUCUAUGGUAGUUUCAGGUCCCUUAAUAUGGACUUUGAAAAUCAAGAUAAGGAGAAAGACAGUAACAGUUCUUCUGGGUCUUUCAAUGGCAACAGCACCAAUAAUAGUAUCCAAACUAUUGACUCUACCCAGGCCCUGUUCCUUCCAAUUGGAGCAUCUGUCUCUCUCCUAGUAAUGUUCUUCUUCUUUGACUCAGUUCAAGUAGUUUUUACAAUAUGUACAGCAGUUCUUGCAACGAUAGCUUUUGCUUUUCUUCUUCUCCCGAUGUGCCAGUAUUUAACAAGACCCUGUUCACCUCAGAACAAGAUUUCCUUUGGUUGUUGUGGGCGUUUCACUGCUGCUGAAUUACUAUCAUUCUCUCUGUCUGUCAUGCUCGUCCUCAUCUGGGUUCUCACUGGCCAUUGGCUUCUCAUGGAUGCCCUGGCCAUGGGUCUCUGUGUCGCUAUGAUCGCCUUCGUCCGCCUGCCCAGCCUCAAGGUCUCCUGCCUGCUUCUCUCAGGGCUUUUAAUCUACGAUGUCUUUUGGGUGUUUUUCUCUGCCUACAUCUUUAAUAGCAACGUCAUGGUGAAGGUGGCCACACAGCCGGCUGACAAUCCCCUUGACGUUCUAUCCCGGAAGCUCCACCUGGGGCCCAAUGUUGGGCGCGAUGUUCCUCGCCUGUCUCUGCCUGGAAAACUGGUCUUCCCCAGCUCCACUGGCAGUCACUUCUCUAUGUUGGGCAUUGGAGACAUCGUGAUGCCUGGACUCCUGUUGUGCUUUGUCCUUCGUUACGACAACUACAAAAAGCAAGCCAACGGUGACUCCUGCAGUGCCUCUGGACCCGCCAACAUCUCCGGACGCAUGCAGAAGGUUUCCUACUUUCACUGCACCCUCAUUGGAUACUUCGUAGGUCUACUCACUGCUACUGUGGCAUCUCGAAUUCACCGAGCAGCCCAGCCCGCCCUUCUCUAUUUGGUGCCAUUUACCUUAUUGCCACUCCUCACGAUGGCCUAUUUAAAGGGUGACCUACGGCGGAUGUGGUCUGAGCCAUUCCACUCCAAGUCCAGCAGCUCCCGAUUCCUGGAAGUAUGAUGGAUCACAGAGAGCGACCAGAAUGGCCUCUCAGUCCUUUUCUGUCCACGUGUGGUUUUGUUUCCUCUUAGAGCUGGCCUGGUACUUGGAGAUCUACCUGUCUAAGGACUGCCAUGUGACCGGAUUAUGCAUUUGCAGGAGCGAGGUGCUGGAGCCUGAGUGGUUCCUUCUCUUCCUGCCGUUGGAGAGGUGGAGCCCUUCCUGAAGUGACAGGCCUUCCCCAGCACUCCUCCCUCCCCCGUUUUUAUGGAUCUGCACCAGACUGUUAACCUUUGGGGGACGGAGAUGUGACUGUUUAAACUGACAAGGGCAAGGAGUUGUUCUAUACCUUUGAACACUAAAAGGAUGAAAAACAUUAGCGAACUGGUUUCCUCAGUGAACCCUCAAGAACUUUUGGGACCAGUUUCCUAUGGGGGACUCAGUUUCAGAGAACUGAGACAGAAACUCUUCUGUCAUUAUAUUCUUCUUUCCGUUUUUUGGAUUUAUUAAAUAUUUUCUGUGGUGUGAAGUGACUUAUUAAAUCCACAGACACUGAGUGACUUCUUACAACAUACACGUAAGAAUUUGUUGUAAUGAGUUCACGUCCACCCAGAUGUUGUGUUGGCAGUGAACGAGGGCACGGUUUUUAAUACAUACAUACACACACAUGCACAUGGAUAUAUAUGAAUAAACAAAAAUUAAAACCUGCUAAGAUCAUGCUGUAUAGCAGACAGGGGCUUGCUGUAAUUUUUAGCAUGUAGAGCAGUUCACUCUGGCUUCCUUGUAUAUGGAUAAGCGGCUGUCUUUCCCUCCACAACUGAACGUGCAGUUAAAAAACAGUAUAGUAUUUGUACUGAUAUACUCAUGGACUUUAGGGGAUGCUCAUUUGGUUUUUGAUCAGUGUAGCAAAUUAGGGAUGAAAAGUUAAAACUUUUUGGCCCUUUUUUCAUUUUUACAGGCUUCUCCCUUGCAGGGUUUUUGAUAGUUUCUUCUUGAACCAGUGCAUGUAUUAUAGCAGCAGGUGUCUUUGUGCUUUCUGAUCAUAGUAAUGUACUACUUGUAAAUACAUUUUUCUAUUUUCUA